UUCCUCAGUGUCACAUUCCAGUGAAAGAUCUUAUUCAGAAGCUAUGUCUUGCAGACAGUAUAAGCAGUCAGAUGUACAUUCUACUGAAUGAGUAUCAGCUUACAGAAGAAAACAUCAAGCUCCGAUUUCUGGCCUGUUCUUUGGUUCGGGAUUUUGCAUGUGCAUAUUUCCCAGACAGCAYUGUAAAGCCAUUUGGCUCUUCAGUCAACACCUUUGGCCAGCUGGGAUCUGAUGUGGAUAUGUUUUUGGACUUCCAUGGUACGGGGAAGCAUGCUACAAAAAUGCAAAAAGGUCCCUUUGACAUGGAGUAUCAGAUGAAAAGAUUACCAUCGGAAAGAUUAGCAACUCAGAGGAUUCUUUCUGUGAUUGGUGAUUGCCUUGAUAAUUUUGGUCCKGGGUGUGUGAAUGUACAGAAGAUACUCAAUGCCCGCUGCCCUCUGGUGAAAUUUUCCCAUCAACCAACAGGAUUCCAKUGUGAUCUGUCAGUGAGCAACAGCAUUGCUAUAAGAAGUUCAGAACUCUUGUAUAUCUAUGGCUGUCUUGAUUCCCGUGUACGAGCAUUAGUGUUCACUAUACGAUGUUGGGCCCGUGUUCAUGGACUUACAAAUAGUGCUCCUGGUACUUGGAUUACAAACUUCUCUCUGACCAUGAUGGUCAUGUUUUUUCUGCAAAGGAGAUCGCCACCUAUCAUUCCUACACUAGACCAGCUUAAAGAACUGGCAGAUGAAAAAGACAAGCAUGUAAUUGGAGGAUAUGAUUGCUCAUUUGUUAGUGAUUUAAGGAAGAUUAAACCUACAAAAAAUACCGAAACACUUGAUGUGCUGUUGAGUGAGUUUUUUGAAUAUUUUGGACACUUCGAUUUCAGAAAGAAUUCCAUAAAUCUUCGAAAGGGAAAGGAAGUAAAUAAGCCUGAGUCGUCUCCUCUUUAUAUCUGGAAUCCCUUUGAACAAGACCUUAAUAUCAGCAAGAAUGUUAAUCAGCCACAGCUGGAGAAGUUUGUAGCUAUGGCCAGAGAAAGUGCCUGGAUUUUACAGAAGGAAGAUAAAACUCAGCAAAUGAUUGAUAAAGAACCUUGGGGACUGGCAGCACUACUGAUACCAUUUGGAAAAAGUAAUUCCAGAAAGAYGAAGAAUAGGAUGAAAGGAAUAGGAAGUGAAACGAUCAAAAGCCUCUUGGACUCCUUGAAGUUAAAUAAUGCAAAGUCAACAAAAAGCAGUGGGAAAAUGACUUUAAACACAGAAACGCUGUAGCUAAUAUUCUGUUUUAGGAAUUGAAUGUGGCACACAGUCCAAAAAAACAUUACUUUUAAUAUUUCUAUUAUGGGGAAUGGAGAAUCAAAGAAYCUUUGCUUUUCAUCUUGAUUUUUGUACAGGUCUGCUUUCUUUCUGURCAAUUUUCUCCUCCUUAUUCCUCACUUUUCCAUCUAUUUUAUGAAUGAAGAGUGUUCAGAUGUGAGUUUUACAGAUGUAUUUUGGAAGUAGCCUUCAGCUGGGCACUCUUCUGUAAAAAAGGCUGACAGGAACAGUAUGGUAAAAAGCCUUUGGGAAUUCUGUUGGCUAGCAUACAAAUGAUAUGCUAAUUAAAAGCUCAAGAAAAAAGCACCUUUCCAUGAAACCACAGAUUGAAAGARGAUAAAUGUGUUGGAACCAUUGUUUCCAAUCCAGUCAGGUUUUGGAAGCCAGUAAAACCGAAUUGCAUGUAUCUGUUUUUGCAAUUGUUUUCCAUUCAUGCAGAUAAGGCCAAGACAAAAUAAAGAGAAUGGAAUUGGA